AUGAAGGCAAUCACCAUCACAAACUGGGGUGCUCCCGCCACUUUCACAGCCGAUCAUCCUUCACCUCCUGCUCCAUCAUCAGACCAAGUCACCCUUAAAGUUCUCGCCGCCGGACUCCAUCAACUCGUUAGAGGCCAAGUCACCGGCACCCACUACAGCACUAAAACUGCAACUCUCCCUUAUAUCCCGGGUGCCGAUGGCGUUGGCACCACACCCGAUGGCCAAACCGUCUACUUCAACAGCAUCUCCCAGGGAGGAGCCUUUGCGGAAACCAUAAACGUUCCCAAAGUUGCAAUCACUCCCGUUCCUUCUGGAGCCAGCCCUGUUCAAAUAGCCGGUUUGGUCAAUCCUGGGAUGAGUUCUUGGAUGGCGCUCAGGACUCGAACCGAAGGCCUCCGACCAAAUUUCACAGUCGCCAUCGUCGGAGUUACAGCCAUCUCGGGCAAGGUUGCCGUUCAUUUCUCCCGCAGCUUGGGUGCCGGGCGAGUGAUCGGUCUUGCCAGAAACGCAAAGGAGCUGGCCGCCAUUGACCUGGAUGAACGGAUCGUUCUGAACGACAAUCCCGAACAAACCGAUUACUCGUCCCUUGGUGAUGUUGAUGUUAUCCUUGAUUAUCUUUGGGGACCCAAUAUUCUGGCCUUAUUCAAGGCCUUGAAGUCCUCGGUGCCUACUCAAGUUGUGCAGAUCGGAACACUGGCAGGACAAGAGAUUCCUCUCUCCGGAGCGAUACUGCGUGAGAAGAAUAUUACAAUCAGGGGCUCGGGCCCUGGAGCGUGGUCUUUCCCCCAAUUUGGCAAGGAACUACCCUCCCUCUUGGAUGCCGUGAGCAAAUUGCCAAAUUUGGAUCUGAAAGAACGGAACUUGGAGGACGCCGAGGCUGCAUGGGGGGCAAAGAAAGAUAGGACGGUUUUUGUUCCCUGA